AAUGAGAAUGCGAAAUUGAAACGGAUUAUUGAGGAGAAUGCCAGGCGUGAUGCUGAGAAUGCCGAACACAAGGUCAGAAUCGAGGAAUUGGAGAAAAAUAGUGCAGAUAUUUCAGCCGAAAAUGCUGAGCUUAAAGCCGAAUUAGCCAAAUUAAGACAUGAUUUCGAUUCCUCCAACCUCACGAGGCCUCAGCAACCCCAGCAUGUUACUAAUGUGCAGAACUCAUGCUCUCUUGAAGAAGAUAUAUCUUCAGCUAAGCCCGAGAGACGCUUCGCUUCGAAUGAUAUACCUGAUCUUGUAAUAGACCAGCAUGUAGCUGAUAACGCGGACAUCGAGUCAAUGGACACUUUCUUAGAUGAGACAUUUAAGAAAAGCGUUAGUGAUGGGUUUAGGGAGAGGAAUAGGGAAAAGAAAUUGUUGCAUGAAUCAGCUACCCAGGACUUAUCUGGUGUUUCAAAUGAGACCACCUCUUCUGUAAUAAAGGACGAAAAAUCUCAAUCACAUAAGAAGAGGGAAGCGGAGAAUAUUGUACAGGAUGUGUUUGAUUUCACAGCCACUUCGGCACCUGAGAAAAAUCAUAUGACUGAAAUUUCCAUGACGGCCCGUCACGAAAAAUCUGAUAUGGAUAAUCCCCCAAAUAUAUUACAAAAUCUAGCCUGCUUAAUCCAAGAAGCAUGGGAUGCGAAAGAUGAAGCAAUUCUAGCUAACCAAAAAGAAUUAUUGUGUUGGUGUUCCUAUAUUGUAGAAUUCAAUAAAAAGACCACAGAGUUUAUGACCGAGUAUAAAAUUGGCGAGAAAAAAGCGAAAGGUAUGAUUUAUGACAAUCUUAUUAAACUCCUUCGUCCUGGUACUAAACGUAAUACAUUACUAAAACAAACUCAGAGAGCAAGAGACAUAUACAAAUUAUUUGAGAAAAUAGGAAUUGAUAAAAUUAAGUAUAUCACAACGUAUAGUGCGAAUUCUAUAUCAGAAUUAUCUGAUAGUCAAAUUCAAACUAUUGUUGAUUAUUUCUCCAAAAAUCCAAACACUGAAUUACCAGAUGAUCGGGAUGGCACUAUUAUCGAUUUCGAAGAGGAUAUUUCGAAUGAUCAGGAUAAUGUAUUGGAGGAGCAAGCAAAACCCUUGGUUUUAGCAACGCAGGCUGAGGUAAGCAUCCCAACUGCACCUAUUCCAUUAACUCAUGUCUCCAAUUCUUCAGGUGAUUCCUCCAGCUCGAAAAAAUUGGAUGCCAAGGUAAAGGUGGUGCCACCUAUUCCUCAACCCGAGACUCUAGUCCAUGACCGUUCCUAUUUUCGCAACAAGACAUUGGAUCAAUAUCCUAAUUUAUAUAGAGAAUUUAGUAGUGAAGAUUUUGAUUAUUAUGGAAUUAAUGACGAGACAUUAUGCCCAUUAUGCAAGUUAGAUCAUGAUGAUGAGAAAGGUAUAGAUGGUAUGUAUAAAUCCGGAUCUUACUUUAUUAAAUGUGAACAGCGUGAAAUUGAGAUAACUGCAUAG